GCUCGAACGCUGACCGCCGGGGAAGAGAAAGGCGGGACAGCCGCAGCGGGGACAAAGACAAAGCCGGCAAAGAGAGAUCAAGAUCCAGGAGGCGUCGAAGGCAGCACAACGAAGACAAAGCCGAGUUCAACGGAAAGCUCAUGACGUUGGACCUUUACCUGAUGAAACGCAGGUUCUUCUUCCUGCAUCUGUACUCAGGUCCCCAUGACCCCUUGGGCACUACGUUGGAGAGGCUCGCAAAGAGGUGCAAGAUGAAGGUCACGGUGGAAAGCUAUGACCGUGAAAAUGGAGGAGCCGAUCUACUGGCAGAUCAACCCUAUGCGAAGCUCCUCCAACAAGCCCGUGAGGGCAAGUGGGACGGGUACCACGCAGGGUUCCCAUGUACCUCCUUCUCGAGAUUGCGGUGGCGGGAGAGAGAGGGCUAUCCAGGUCCAUGCCGCUCCAGAUCACACCCUUAUGGGAUACCAGGGAACUCAGUUGCUCUUCAGAGGGAAUGUGAUCAGGGAACCCUACAUGCCUCCAGGUCAUUAAUGAUGGCUGAAGUCAUUGCAAACUCCAGACCUGACGACGUCGUCAAGCCCGCAGUGACGGUGGAAAACCCCCCGCCAUCCGACCACGACCAACAUUGCUCGGCAUGGGAACUUCCGGAAGUGCACGGCGCGGUGGAAAAGCUGGACUGGACGAAGGUCGCCUUCACCUCCUGCCAUUUCCAGCGGAGGGUGGAGCUGGGCAAGAGGACCUUCAAGCCCCAGAUGUUCGCGGGGAGUUUGCUGGGCAUAAGGUCUUUAGCCGGAACCUGCCCCUGUGGGAAAGCCGAUCACAUUCCUGUGGUAGGCAAGGCCAGAUCGGUGGAAUCGGGCCAUUACUCAGACGAGCUGCGUGAGGCCUACGCUGAACUGGUCAUCCAUCACUUCAGGAGACUAGCCACCGCCGAGUUCUACGCCAAGAGGGAAGCAGACUUGAAGAAGGAGGUGGAUGAACUACGCCGCAAGAGCGCCAAGAGGGAGAGGUCCCCAUCGCCAUCAAGGAACGCCGAGGAACCAAGGGCAAAGACCAAAGAGGAGGAGGCGGAGCAGGCAAAAGCCGAAAGCACAGCCACCUCCAAAUCAAAGGCAAGACCCAAGGAAGAAGAUGAGUACACCUAUGAGUACGAGACGGAAGAUGACGAGGUUGGCGAAGGAACCAUCUCGGCGAGUGUUGUCAGGGACGAUGACUUCUAUCCCUUACCGACGCCAGGCCGCCGACCGGACCUUUGGGGCAAGUCGGAGGAUACAGACCCGGCUCGUCUGCCACGCGACGGCCUUGGCUUGGGCCUGUCUGAGAUGCUGCAGACGCAGGCAAACCUGCCCUUUCGACCCCUGCACGAGGGUCAACGCGGGGAGGGUAUGGGCAUGGGAAGCAAUGCAUCCGGGGUGUCUAUUACGAGACUACUCCGAGUGUCCGCGACAACGUCAAUCGAGCCAAGGAGGAGCGGACCAAGCAGCGCCAGCCAGGGGUUUGACAACCCUGGUGAACCGCAGGAACCCUUCGAGGCGAACCAGUCAAGGGUAACUAUGAGCGAUGUCUUUGGGAGAAGUCGAGGUCGUGGUGCUCAUGGUGACGAAGGACAAUAUGAGGGACCAAGCGUCUCAAUGGGGGAAGUGUUCGGCAGGACGAGGCCACAACCCCUUCACAAUGAUAUGGGCAGCCAUCUGAGCCCAAGCGCAGGACUGAGCAGUUUUGGACGGCUGCAUCGAACCACCUUGGUAGACAGAGAGCCACCCAUGGAGUUCGUGCCCGGCAUGAUGGUACCUGCAAACGUCGAGAGGGGUGACACCCAGAGAACAGCAGAGGGAGGCAUCUUCGGCGCUGCCCCAACCCUGAGCAGGGUCUUCAAGAUGGCGUCCGAGACGUGCAAGUCGGUAUACAACAUGUGGAGCCCCAAGAAAGAACCCAAGGAGGACAAGACAGAGAGGAUAGCCGUCCCGAAGCUCGACCUAGACGGCAAGCCGGCCUCGCAAGUCUCCCGCAAGAGGAAGGCGGUGAACGUGUUGGAACUGGCCAGAAGGGCGAGCAGGAGCAAGACAGCCGUCGCAGAGCUGGAAGAGGGCUUCAACUCGAAGACGUCGGUGGCCACCAAGAAGGCGAUGAGGGCCACCAUUGGAAAGAUCCUCAAGGAGGCGAGGGGAGAGCCGCCGGUACCCCCCACUACGGAGAAGCUGAAAGUGCUUGCGGGUGUGCUCAAACAGGCCAACUAUCGCGCGGCACCGCAAUACCUGGGAGAGUUCAAGAUCAUGGCAAUCGAAGGGGGCCACCAAUGGUCCGAUCAGCUCGAGAGGACUUUGAAGCUUUGCAAAAGGUCCACAACGAGAGCUCUGGGACCCAAGAAGAAGGCCAAGGAAGUCCCGGUGCAAGAGACGGGCAAAACCUUUGUCCCAACAGUGACGAAGAAGAAACCUAAGACGGUCCCGCUAGCCAGGGAACUGUUCGAGUUUGGAGUGAUCUGGAUGCUUCGCGAGAUUGAGCUGGCCCUGCUGACGAAGGAUCACCUGAAGGUGGACGUGGAGAGCCGUAGUGUGGUCCUCACCAUACCGGUGUCGAAGACGGACCAAACAGGGUUGGUGAUGACCAGGAUGCUGCAAUGCCUCUGUGAGGGUAAGGAUUGCUCCACGGGGUGUCCACUGCGAGUGUCAGCCCUUCUCGUCUUCGGCAUGGAGGACUUGAAAACACACCACGCCGCCGUGACCAACAAGGGCACGAAGGCAAAGAAGUCCCAAGUUGUCAAGGAGUGGCAGAAGCUCUACGGAAAGGGCACAUCCGGACACUCCACCAGGAGAACGGGGGCCCUGCGGUACAUCCGGCAUGGGUGGGCCAUCCCACAGGUGGCCUACCUUGGGCGUUGGAAGUCCGACGUGAUCUACGAGUACGCGGCCGAAGCUUUAGAAAGCCUGCCGGUCAAUGCCAACAGAGCCUUCAUCACGAACCUCUACGGCACGAAGGAACACAAUGAAAUGGGGCCCAUCAAUUAUAAGCCCAGAGACGUGGAGGAAGUCAGAGAUUACCUCCUCUCCGAAUUGUCCCUGGCACAGGAGCACCAGCAGUGCGCCUUGAAAGCCAUGGACUUUGAAAUCGAGUCCAUGAAGAAAAGGGCCGACCGAAACAAUGGGAGACUUCCCCCCUUCGUCAGGUUGCUCGACAGCAGGAUCGUGCACCACAACUGGAACAUGACCGCCUGCACUCCACCUCUGGCCUGGAAGACGAUGUGCGGCUGGCACUACCACAAGUCGGACUACAUGUUCCUGGCGUCGGAGGAAGGAGGACAAGUCUGCAAAAAGUGCAUGGAGAUCGCGCAGUUGCAGAAGAGGGUAUAA